AUGCCUUCAAUGUUUAUUGCUGUGAAAAAUAUAAAACCUGAACACCAACAAAGGGCAAUCAGUGUUAGAGCUGUCCGGGUAUAUGAAGUUCCUAAGGUAAGGGGAGAUGGACAGACAAGCAAGAGUAUGGAAGUUUUGUUGCACAAUGAAGAGGGAGAUGAUAACACUCUAACCUGCACACUGUGGAAUGAGCAUGUAUCUUCUAUACUACCUUACUACAAUAGUGAUUCAAAGGAACCACUCAUUGUAGUCAUUCAAUGCUGUCGGGCUAAGGUGGUGAGGUUAAGAUCAGAAAAUACUCCCAUGAGAAGUCUUAGUACUGGCACUCUUCACUCAAACUCAAUGGGCAUUAGUGAUUUUAAAAAUUCUUCUGUGAUUGUUACUACCUGCUAUGAUCUUAAUAAGAUUCAAGAGUAUUAUGUUGCUGCAGAGAUUUUGGGUAUAGAUCUUGAUGAUGAUUGGUACUACAUAUCAUGCAUGUCACCAGGUUGUAAUAAGAAGCUUAAAGAAGAAGGAGGAUCACUACUGUGUACUAAGUGUCACAAGCCAUAUACUCUGGGUACAGUCAGGUAUAAAGUUGUGGUAAUGGCUCUAGACAAGAGUGGAGAUGUUCCACCCUUGCUUUGGGAUAGAGAAGUUUCAGAACUGGUGGGGAUCCCUGCAUCUAUUUUGUAUGAAAAAUACAAAGAGGUUGAUGUUGAAGUACCCCCAGAGUUAGAGGCAAUUGUUGGAAUGAAAAUGAUGUUUAAAAUUGGUUUUAAGAAAGCUCUAAAGAGGGGAAUGUUGGAAAUUGGUGAAUAA